UUGUGAUAAUAUGAGAGAGAUUCUCCAAAAUGUGGCCAAAUUACAAGGCGUGUCGAAUAUGAGAAAACUGGGUCACUUGAAUAAUUUUACUAAGCUUCUUUGUAAUACUGGCCAUGCUGAAGAAAAGCUAGGGUUUACCUAUGACAGCAUCAUAAUAUGUCUAAGGUUAGCUUUACUAAAUGAAGCAAAAGAGGUGCGAGCAGCAGGAUUGCGAGCCCUCCGCUACCUUAUUCGAGAUUCCAGUAUUCUCCAGAAGGUGCUUAAGUUGAAAGUGGAUUAUUUGAUAGCCAGGUGCAUUGACAUACAACAGAGUAAUGAAGUAGAAAGAACACAAGCACUUCGAUUAGUCAGAAAGAUGAUCACUGUGAAUGCUUCAUUGUUCCCCAGUUCUAUUACUAAUUCUUUGAUAGCAGUUGGAAAUGAUGGUCUUCAAGAAAGAGACAGAAUGGUUCGAGCAUGUAUAGCCAUUAUCUGUGAACUAGCACUUCAGAAUCCCGAGGUGGUGGCUCUUCGGGGUGGUUUAAGUACCAUCUUGAAAAAUGUGAUUGAUUGUCAGCUAAGCCGAAUAAAUGAGGCUCUGAUAACUACAGUUUUGCACCUCAUUAAUCAUCCAAAGACCCGACAGUAUGUGCGAGCAGAUGUAGAAUUAGAGCGAAUUUUAGCCCCUUACACAGAUUUUCACUACAGGCAUAAUCCAGACACAGCAGAAGGACAACUCAAAGAGGACAGAGAAGCACGGUUCCUAGCUAGUAAAAUGGGAAUAGUGGCAGCAUUUCGAUCGUGGGCAGGCAUUAUCAGCCUGUGCAAACCUGGAAAUUCUGGCAUUCAGUCUCUUAUUGGGGUACUCUGUAUACCAAAUAUGGAAAUACGGCGAGGUCUGCUUGAAGUUCUCUAUGAUAUAUUUCGCCUUCCGCUUCCUGUCAUCGCAGAAGAAUUUAUUGAGGCACUCCUCAGUGUAGAUCCAAGCAGGUUUCAAGAUUGUUGGAGACUUUCUGAUGGUUUUGUAGCUGCUGAAGCUAAAACUGUAUUACCCCAUCGAGCCAGGUCAAGGCCUGAUCUCAUGGAUAAUUACUUGGCUUUAGUACUUUCAGCUUUUAUUACCAAUGGACUUCUAGAGGGUCUGGUUGAAGUGAUCACAAGUAGUGAUGACCACGUAUCUGUUAGAGCAACUAUCCUUUUGGGAGAACUUUUGCACAUGGCAAACACAAUUCUUCCUCAUUCUCACAGCCAUCACCUGCACUGCCUACCAACACUGAUGAAUAUGGCAGCAUCUUUUGACAUCAUGAAAGAGAAAAGAUUACGAGCAAGUGCAGCGCUCAACUGCUUAAAACGUUUUCAUGAGAUGAAGAAAAGAGGACCUAAACCUUACAGCCUCCAUUUAGAUCAUAUUAUUCAGAAAGCAAUCUCAACACACCAAAAAAGGGAUCAGUACCGUGUGCAGAAAGACAUCUUUAUUUUAAAGGAUACAGAGGAAGCACUCAUCAUGAAUCUUCGGGACAGCCAAGUUCUCAAUCACAAAGAGAACCUUGACUGGAAUUGGAAUCUAAUCGGGACCAUACUGAAGUGGCCUAAUAUAAAUCUAAGAAACUAUAAAGAUGAACAGUUGCACAGGUUUGUAAGGAGAUUGCUGUAUUUCUACAAGCCUAGCAGUAAGCUCUAUGCCAACCUGGAUCUGGACUAUUCCAAGGCAAAGCAGCUCACUGUUGUGGGUUGUCAGUUUACUGAAUUUCUUCUUGAAUCAGAAGAGGAUGGACAAGGUUACCUGGAGGAAUUGGUUAAAGAUAUUGUACAUUGGCUCAACUCUUCAUCAGGAAUGAAACCUGAACGUAGUCUUCAGAAUAAUGGGUUACUAAAUACUGUUAGCCAGCACUACUUUCUGUUUUUUGGUACUUUAUCUUGUCACCCUCAUGGAGUGAAAAUGCUUGAAAAAUGUAAUGUGUUUCAGUGUCUUCUUAAUCUUUGUUCUUUGAAGAACCAGGAUCACUUGUUAAAGUUGACCGUUUCUAGUCUGGAUUAUAGCAGAGAUGGAUUAGCAAGAGUCAUCCUUUCUAAAAUCCUCACAGCAGCUACUGAUAGCUGCAGGUUGUAUGCAACAAAACACUUGAGAGUAUUGCUGAGAGCUAAUGUAGAGUUCUUCAGCAACUGGGGGAUUGAGUUACUGGUGACCCAGUUACAUGAUAAAAAUAAAACUAUUUCUUCUGAGGCACUUGAUAUUCUAGAUGAGGCAUGUGAAGACAAGGCCAAUCUUCAUGCCCUUAUCCAAAUGAAACCAGCUCUUUCUCAUCUUGGAGACAAGGGUUUGCUUCUACUCCUAAGAUUUCUGUCCAUUCCAAAGGGGUUUUCAUAUUUAAAUGAAAGAGGUUAUGUAACUAAACAGAUGGAAAAGUGGCAAAAGGAAUAUAACUUAAAGUAUGUUGAACUGAUUGAAGAACAACUUAAUGAAGCACUUACAACAUACCGCAAACCUGUUGAUGGUGAUAAUUAUGUUCGUCGGAGCAACCAAAG